AAUGAUACUAAUAAUAUGAAUAAUAAUCCAUUUAAUUUGUUGGAUGAUCAAAAAACAACAUCGACAAAUCGUACAAGUAUUAAUCCAUUUGAAAAUAGUAAUGCAAAUAUAACAAUUAUGUCUGCUUCACCAUUCGAUGAUAAUAAUGAUACUGAUGGCGAUGGUGAUGGUGAUGGUGGCAAUAUUAUGAAUAUGGAACAAUCAAAUAAUGAUCAAACAGAAAUUUUAUCCAUUUCAAAUGAUCCAAUGAUGGAUAUGAUGAUGAUGAUGAAUCAAUCAGAUUCGAAAAUUGUUGAUGCUGCUCUUGAUUCUUCAUAUGAUAAUGAUGAUAAUGAAUUAGCCGAUGAUUUUAUGUUUGUACAACCAAAUCGUUCAACGGAUGAAUCAACAAAUUUUCCUACAGCAACAACAACAAUUACCGAAAAUAUACCCGGUACAAUGAUAUCACCAAUGUUAUUGAUGAAUUCACAAUUUGAAUCUGGUUUAUUAUAUAAUCAACAAGAACAGCAACAACAACCGGAACCAGAAACGGAUGAUUCAUGUUUGAUUCAAAAUGAACCGCAAGUUUUGUUUGAAAAUGAUGUAGAUCAGCCAUCCACUAAUGAUCAUUUUGAAUCGAAUGAAUUAAAAGAACCGCAAGAACCGGUGGAUUUUAAACAACCGGAAAUUAUUUGUGACAUUGGAACAACAACAGCAUCAGCAGUCGAAGAAGGAGAAUGUUCAAAAUCAUUUGAAAUUCAAAAUGAUUCAAUGUUUGAUGAAAAAAUGAUUGAUAUUGAUCUAUCGGCUGGUCAACAACAAGCACCGGUUACUACUACCGAUAUUGAUAAUUUUGUUGAUGAAAUGUCUGCAUUAACAUUACAAAAUAAUUCAGAAAUUAUGAAUAUUGCUACAAAUGAUCAUCAAAAGAAUGGUGAUAUUCUUAUCAACAAUGAAAUAUCUGAUCAAAAUAAUGAAAUAAUCAAUGAUAAUUUGGAGGAUUCUAAAGUUGUUUUGGAUGAUGAACAAGUUAAUCAUGUUGAAAGAUCUGUACCAAAAUUUGAAGAAACAAAUUUAGAUGAUAAUCUUGUAUCGUUACCACCACAAUCGGCCAAUGAAAUACAGAUUCCUUUGGUUGAACCAACAACAACAACAGUUGAUAAAAAGGAAGAAGAAAUCUCAGAAAAAGUUCUAUCUGAAAUACAACCGGCUAUUACCGCUGCGGCUGCUGCUGUGGCUGCCGCUUCUGCUGUUGCUGUCAAAAGUACUGUUCCAUCAAAAGCAACAAUCAAAACUGCUUCAUCUACGAAAUUACCGGCAACAAAACCAUCAACAACAACAGCAACAAAAACAACAUUAUCAAAUACGAAAAAAACUGGUGUUACAACAAAAUUAAGCAAUUCUGGUACCAAAACCAGUUUAGCACCUAAAACUACAAAUCGUUUGACAACGGCUACCGCUAAAUCAUCAUCAACAACAACAGCAAGUAAUAAACCAACAACAAUCGCUAAAAUUGGUGAUAAAAAACCAUUGACAAGUACUAUAUCAUCAUCAAGAUUGACAACAACUACAAAUCGUUCAACAACCGCAACAAAUCGUCCAACAGCAUCAACAACCAAAUCAUCAACAGCAACGGCUUUAUCGGCUAAACCGAUGCGUACAGCUUUGACUACCCGUACAGCAACAACAACAACAGCAUUGAAAUCAACAUCAACUAAACCUGCAUCAACAACAUCGACGACUGCUGCAUCUUCUGUACCAAAAACAACUCGUCCAACAACAACAACAGCAGCAACGAAAACAGCGUUAAAACCAAGAACAGCGAUCACAUCAUCGACUAAUGUUGCGGCAAAAAAACCAAUGACAACUUCAACGACUGGAUCCAAAGUUGGAUCAAUUCGUCCAGCAACCAAAAUCACCACCACUACGACUACAACCAAUGCCAUCAAUAAACCUUUAGCUUCAAAAGCUACAAACAUAACGAAAAAAACAACACCGAUUACAAAAUCUUCGGCCGUUUCAUCAACAUUGAAAAAAACAAAUAAUACUCAAAAUGAUGUGAAAAAAACUGUACCGAAAAUUCCACGAACAUCAUCAACAACAACAGCAUCAACAAAAUCAACAACUACAAAUGGUGUUAGUAAUGGUGAUAGUGGAAAAAAUAUGGCAGUACCAAAAAAACGACCUCCGCCGCCACCAACCCCUCAACAACAGCCACCAACAACAUUGAUGACAACAUCAAAUUAUUCACAUAAACGUACCAGUCUAAUAAGUCCGGAAAAUUCAUUGAAACAAGAAUUGGAAGAUGCUGCUUUGAAUGAAAUGAAUGCAAAUGCUGCAUUAGAAGCAGCAGCAGUAGCUGCUGCUACUGCUGCAGCUUCCGCAUCUGAACAAUUUAAUGGAUCAAAUUGAUUUGAUUGAUUGAUUUUGCUAAACAAACAUACAUCACAUAACCCCGGUAAUGAUUGAAUUUCAAUUCGAUUUCGUCUAGUCAUCAUUAUCCUUUU